AUGUUCUCUAAAAUUGUAAUCCUCGCUAUUGCGCUGUCGGCGGCUUGCGCCCAGCACCACGGCCAGGAGCACGGCCACGCCUACUCCUCGCAGUCCAUCGUGCUGCACCAGACUUCUCACCCCCACCACGAGGAGCACCACCACGCCAUCCCCGUCGUGCACCAUGCCAUCCCCGUCGUCCACCACGCUGUCCCCAUUGUUCACCACGCCGCUCCUAUUGUCCAUUCUGUCCCUGUUCAUCAUGAGGAACAUCAUCAUGAAGAACACCACUCUCACCCUAAAUACGAGUUCGCAUACUCUGUGGAGGACAAGCACACUGGCGACAUCAAGUCGCAGCACGAGUCGCGCGACGGACACCUCGUGAAGGGCGAGUACAGCCUCCACCAGCCCGACGGCUCCGUGCGCACUGUCAAGUACACCGCUGACAAGCACUCCGGCUUCAACGCGGACGUGCACUACUCCGGACACUCCCAGCACAUCGAGCCCCAGCAUCAUCAUCAUCAUUAA